AUGGCAGAGGACAAGAAGCCGCGCUUUUUGCAGCAGACAACUUCGCAGCUGCUGCACCAGCAGGAGGCGCUGCGCAAGCGACGAGAAAUGCUGGAGCGCGAGAGCACAAAGCCGCCGGCCAUGCGGUUUGGCACGAACACACCGCCACGCGGCGCAGGGCGCCACGGGCGGUCGGCUGCACUGCCGUCGACAGCGUGUGAGCGCCACGCUUCGCAUUCGGCGCCGCCGCCGCCGCCGCCAAGCAGUGGCGUUCACCGCGAGCUGAACUGGGGCCGUUCCGAGAACGAAAAGGCAGCGGAGCGCGCGCCGGUGUGCUUUUCCACGCUGCUUCGUCCGUCACCGACCCCGGCGGGGCUGACGCGCCCGCGCUCCGCCACCAGUUUCCACACGCCGCCUCCGCCUUCGCCACGUCCGCGCGAGGUGAACACAUCAGAUCAAGUGGAUACAAUCAUAACCAGGCUUCACAAGGAGCCCUCCUUACCGCGUACAGUGUCGCCGCGCUCGCCAGUGUCGCAGCGGAGCCGGGUGGAGCACGACUGUGCGUCGAGCAAGAACGCCGCUGCGCACCUAUUGGCGCCCGAUGCUACGAGGGCUGGGCAGGCCACUGCCGCUGAGAGAACCCAAACUAAGGCUUCUCAAACGCCAACGCACGGCGCAACGCCGGCACACGCAGCGGUGGAGCGGCACACCAGUACGCCGAAACCCCUCUCCCAGGAAGCGCUCGUAGAUGAGCAGGACGAGACGACCGGUAUGGCGGCCUUCUCCAACACGUUCCCUGUACCCCGCUUCACCCCCAUUUCGCCUGUCGUUGCUUCAGACGCCAAGAGAGCUCAGCAAACGAGCGAGGGGGAGCACAGCACACCCGCGCGUUUCGCCGUUGGGGAGUUCCGCACACCGCGUCCGUUGGCGCGGCCCUCUAAUGCCGCUACCCCCGUCGUUGGCUGCCCUGCAUCCGUGCCCGGAGAGGGCGUCGCUCAGCAAGUACCUUUAGCGCUGGAUGACGAGGCAGAAACGAGGCCCACACCCUCCCCGAUCCCGGUGCCGCUCCCACAAGCACGUGUCAGCGCAGACGCCUGUGAUGUCCUGCAGCAAGGAGCGCGGCCCACUCUCCGUGACGGUGAAACGCACACCAGCACACAGCAUCACGACACCAAGAUAGCCGCACCGCAUGAUGCAACCUGUUUCUCUCUCACCGCUGGCGACGCAUCGCCGCAUCGUCAGACCUCGUCGCCGCCGCAUCGUAACAAAGCGAGCCCGGUACCCACCGCGCAGGACCUCAUUCACAGCGUGCAGGUCUCGGCGGAGAAGCGCCCAUGCGGCUGCGAGCGAGCUACGCCGUCGCCAGAAAACUGGCCCUCCCGCCGUGCUACCGCCACGCCGUCGCGCACGGGCUCGCCGCCGCCGAUGCCGGUGCCCACUUCUGACGAGCCCAUGACAGACUUUGGCGCGCCCACGCAGAAGUGCUGCGACCGCCCGACGCCUGCGUCGCUCUCCUCGCAGCCUGCUGGCGGGGACGUACGCCACAUCAUCUCUGGCGCCUCCUCUGCUUCCCCGUGGCCCACCACGGAAAACAUUAUCAACAGCAUUAUGGCAGGCUGCGGCGAAGGGCAGCGGCGCCGCGGAGAGGACCGCGCAGCAGCAGCAGCCGCGCACGAACUGCCACGUGAAGACGACGGCGGGGCCUUGGAGCGGUCCUCGUGCGAGGAAGCGAAUGUGUCGCACACCAACUCGCACACCGUGACUGUGCCAGAGAUGCUCGGCACGAAUGCCGACAACGGGGAUGAGGCGUACAUCAGAAGUGACGUCCUCCGAGCCACACUAGAGGCCCACGCUCCCACACACACGCCGUCGCCCGUCCCGUCGGACAGGCAAUACGGUCAGAGCGUAGUCGCCUCCGCCGAGAAGCGGCGUUGCGGACGACCCACCCCGCCGGAGCGCCACGUCUCCGUCGCAACGCCUGAGGACUCGAACGGGCAUGCGGAUCGCACCACAAGCGCAUCUCCGCAGCUGUGUGCCAGCCACCUUCUCGACAGCCUAGAGGUGUCGGUCGACAAGGGCGGUCAGCGCUGUAAGCCAGCGGAGCGGCCCUCGGAGGCGGAGGGGAGUGGCACCGGCGAUGCAACGGCUGGAGAAGCCGCCGGACGCCUCGCAGGUCUUCGCACUCCCUCACCAACACCCACGCCGGAGCACGUCAUCGCGAGCCUGCAGGCCUCCGCGGAAAAACGGACGCGCUCUGGCGCCCUUGAUACCACCAGUGGGCCCGGGGGCUCCUCCGCCGCGGCGGCGACAAGCCCCAGCUGUAGCUCCUACCAGUCACCAACGCUGACGCCGCAAAAUGUGAAGGACAGCAUGCAGAAGCUCAUGAGGGAACAGCAGCAGGCGGCCCGCUCCGACGCUCCAGCUCCGAUUCGGCCGUGGGCAGAGACGCCGAAGGGAAUCGCAAACACCGCAAGCGGCGCGGACCUGUGGAACUCGUCGGCGUCGCCGGUGGUGACAGCGGAGAAUGUCGACAUCACGCUGGAUACCCUCGAGCGCGACCAGCGAUACCAUUCCCGAUCCUCGCGCGCGCCGCAAGUGGCUGACAUCUCGCCAGAGGAGCCGAACGCCACACGGCUAUGCGACAGCGUCGUCUCUCCUAUGGAGGUGGCAGAGGCAGCCGCCCCGGAGGACAUGAGCAGGAUCCCUGCGCCCUCUCCCGAAGUGGCUGCCCUGGCCUCUGUGGUAUCGCCAGUGCCUUCGGAGUUCGCCGUGGCGUCGGCGAUGUUUUUUGAUUGCGUGAGCGUCCCUCCGACGCCGGCUUUGGAGAACGUAGAGGCAACGACGAGGGAUCUUGGGAGCCCUGAGUCGACCAUCCGCGGGCGCGAGUGCGCGCACGUGCCACCACAGUUCUAUGAUCUGCAGCGUGAGGUGGCCGCCAUCUCGGAGGGGCGCUGUCGCACUCGCACGCCACCGCCGGUGCAAGUGUGUGAGCUACGAUCCCCGUUACCGGUAUCAACGACGCCGCUGGCGGAGGAGGACACCCCGCGCGCUGAGGCGUCGAUGGAGCAGGCAGAGGUCGCUGUCAGCGCACCACUGCAUCACCCACCCAAUGCGAUAAGCAGCUGCAGCGCUGCAGCGGACAAAGACGCCGAAGAGGAGGCGAUGGCGCGUCGCAGCAGUCUCAUCUUGGUGCAUCCGACCGCAGCACCUCAGGCACUCCUUCAGCACCCGCACAAACCGAUGCCCGCUGCCGCUCCCCCCAGCAUUAGCCCGGUGCAGGUGCCCCGCGCGCCGACGCCGCAGCCGCGGCGCCCCUUGCAGCAGGAUCUGUUCCUCACCGGCGAGCACUGCGAGUCGCCGCUGCCACGUCCUGUCUCGCUGCGGUCGCAGGUGUCGCUGGUGAAGCCGGUGCAGCUGUCGCACGGUCACCAGCAUUCGCGCAGUCCGGCACUGGCGUGGGGCGCAUCGUGCACCUUUCCUCCACAGAAUGGCGGCAUGCGCGCACCGCUGCUUCAGACGGGCGCGCGGCCGCCAGCGCACUACGCCGCAGCCGUGAAGCGCGACAAGGACCCGGACCAGCAAGCUGGUUUGCUGGAUUCCCAGAACGAUUGGAUGGACCUUGUCGAGCCGCUGCGGCCGCACACGAUUACAGUGUCCCCGCAAGGCGGCAGUGUUGUGUACACGGAACACUCUUCGAUAGAUCUCCCUAGAAACCGCGAGGGGCCGGCGGGUUGUGUAUCUCCGUCCUCCUCUCGCAAACGUAGCCGCAGCGCGCAGACCCCACUCGCUGCAAGCCGGCAGAUGGCUGCAACGACGCCGGCAAGCAUUGCGCUUACGAUGGAUGACGGCGUCUUGUCAGGCAGCAGAUCUUUGCAUGUGGUUGCAACGCCCCCCUCGCACGUGUCACAGACCCCUCGCAGCUCGACACGCGGGCGUAAAAGCCAAGCGGAGGAGCUGCUGGAGAUGCUACCUGCCGAAGUGGUGGCGGAAGUGGCCCGUAUAGAAACAGCAGAGGAAGUUGCGGCAGCAGCCACUGCAGCAGCGGCGGCGUCAGCCGACUCGCAUGGUCUGCGGCCGUCUCUUGGCUCAUCGGACGGGCGGCUCAGUGGCGUCUCCGACGGGGACUCGACGCUCGGGUUACUGUCGACCAUUUCUCAGCGUGUCUCGCAACGGCCACGGCGCGUCUAUCACAACGACGACUACUACAUUCAGUACCUCGAGGGCAUCGCCACCUCCAGUGCCAGCAAGGCGCGCAAAGCUGCCGGUCGCCGCAUACAUCGAGCUGUCAUGAAGGACGUCGCCAGCGCCACGGUGAAGACAAUCGUGCAGCGCGCCGGCGGAGACGAGUCGCCGGCAUCUGCGAGGGUGUCCCCCGCCGAAUCUCCCGCGCUGCGCGGCAGCCGCAGGCAGUCGGCGUCCCCGCGUGGCGGUGGAAGCGCUGUUGCGCGCGCGAAGGCGUCGCCGAAGCAUGCGUCGGAGGAGGUGACCUUGUCACCGCAGACGCCGUCGCCGACCCGUGUGGGCGGCCGCGGGCAGCUGAAGGUUUCUACGCGUCUGUCUGCCGAGCUCCAGAAGGCGUUGUUCCAGCAACCUUCUCCGGCGAAGCCGAAGCGGCAGCGCGGUCCUCGCGGGGCCUCUCCGAAUGCCUCGACCAAGUCGACGAAAGCGGCAAAGAAGUCGCCGACCCCCUCCCCAAAGAGCGGACCCUCUCCCUCAUCCACGACCAAAGGGAAAACAGCCAAGACGCCUACGCAGUCCACGCGUGGCAAGAAGUCCGUGAAGAAGUUUGUGACGGCCAAGUCGAUGCGGCGGCCGCGUCGCGGUGCGAAGCACGGCAAAGCGUAG